AUAUCUUCAUACAUUCACAGCUUCUACCACUAGCUUCACCCCCGAACCUACAGCGAGGUCCUCGAAACAUUCACAGCUGUCUAAAAGACGUCCUCUGUCCAGACCAGACGAGGAUAAUUCAAUUGUCCACCGCCUCGUAUCCUUCCUUGCUGCCCUCGCCAUCAGAUUUUCUCCCUCCAGAUGGCAGCUCCCCCCUCCGCCUACAAGGACAGGCAGUUCCUAGCUGUUAUUGGAGACGAAGAUUCUGUCACAGGCCUUCUCUUGGCCGGUAUUGGCCAUGUUACGCCUCCGCCUGACUCUCAAAAGAACUUCUUGGUUGUCGAUACCAAAACGAGCAAUGAAGCCAUCGAAGAAGCUUUCGAACGAUUCACAACGGAAAGGAAGGAUAUUGGGAUUCUGUUGAUCAACCAACAUAUUGCCGAUCGAAUACGCCAUCGAGUCGACACAUAUACUGCCGCUUUUCCAUCUCUAUUAGAGAUUCCCAGCAAAGACCACCCUUACGACCCGGAGAAAGACAGUGUCCUGAGGAGAGUACGAAGGCUCUUUGGGGAGUAAAUGGGGUAAACACUAUGUUCAUACUUUCCAGUAUUCUAAGGAAUUAAACAUAAGCUAAGGAUUGGGGGAAGCGGCACUGUUGAUACCUUGGCUUGAUUAUCGGGUUAUCCUGCCAUAGGUAGUUCGGCGUCUUUGCUCAGAUUGUAGACUAAUACAUCUUCAUUCAGAAGAAAGUCAUCCAGAGUCACUCAAGUUCACUGUUAAUCGUCUG